GCCAACAGUGCCGCUGUCUGACGAUGGUAGACUGGAAAGACGGAUGGUCAGGGCCGUCCCCGUCUAACCUGAACAUGCAACUGUAACUUGAUUCAUGUCCGUUUGUAGUGCUAAACCAGGUUAAACGUUUACUUAUCUCUAGCAAAUAAUAUAACUGUGUUGUUAAUAAUGGAGGACGACUGUGUUUGUGAGUACGACUCGACCUGGGACACAGAGAGUGAUGGAGACGACCCGGCCGGAGAGAGCCAAACCCGUCGGUCAAGUCAAGACAAAAACAAAUCUGGUUGGACUUUAUGGCAUCCUACGCCCAGAAACAUGAGGGCAGCAAAGGACAUGCAGAACUACAGAAGAGGAUACCCAAAUCUUACAGAUGAUGAGUGCUCAGAAGACAAAAUGAAUAAUUUGCAGUUUUAUCUCAAUAAAUUUCCCUCCGCUCCUGAUGAUGUCUUCAUUGAGUCAUUUCUUAAGGAAUGGAAAAAUGACUACAAAAGACUGGAGAGAGUUCACUCCUACAUUCAGUGGUUGUUUCCACUGCGAGAACCGGGGGUUAAUUACAUGGCUUCAGAACUCACCAAGAAGGAAAUUGAGGCUUUUAAGAAGAAUGAGGAUGCCAAAAGGAGACUAGUUGAGUCCUAUGAACUCAUGUUGGGCUUCUACGGCAUCCGUUUGGUCAACAAAGAGACAGGUGAAGUGAAACGUGCAGAAAAUUGGAAGGAGCGCUUUGGCAACCUGGAACGGAAUAUGCACAACAACCUACGCAUCACUCGCAUCCUGAAAAGCCUUGGGGAGCUGGGAUUUGAGCGCUAUCAGGCCCCACUUGUGCGCUUCUUUCUUGAAGAGACUCUGGUCAAGAAGACCCUUAGCAGUGUUAAACGCAGCGUGCUUGACUAUUUCUUGUUUGCUGUGCUGGACAAGCAGAAACGUCAGGAGCUUGUGCGCUUUGCCUACCUUCACUUUGAGCCAAAGGAUAAGUUUGUGUGGUGUCCCAGAAAGAUUCAGAAACAAUUCCGGAAGGCAGAGAAAAGAUCUGAUGCCAUUGGGAAUGGAGAUGGAAAAGAUGAAGUGUAUUCACGGGGUAAAAGCAAAGAUGGAGAGGCAGUCGUGCAACAAAAAGAGGAUGGAUUGGAUAAUGUUACAAAGACUCAGAAAGGAACUGAUAAAACAGCAAAUAAAGACAAAAACAAACUGUCAGAGGCAUCCCCUGAGCCAAAACAAGAAGCUGAGACUGUUGGAAAUGGAAAAACAGAAGCUGAGCCUAAUAAGGAAAUUUUAGGGAAUGGAAAUGACUCUACAGAUGAUGUUGAUGAAAUGGAUCAGUCACCCAGUCCUGACACUGUGGUGGCAAAAACUGAGCCCAGUGAGGACAGUGACCACAAAUUGACCAACAACUCAAAGGAUACCAUCCAGGAGCCAGACAACAGUAUGCAAACAGAUGGGGACAUAGACACUGAAAAACCACCGAAGAAGAAGAGAGAAGAUAACAAGGUGUUGCCAAGCAACGGCUCUAUUUGGGACUCAGCCAGUGGGCAGUUGGAGGAAAAAGCUGGUGCUCAUAAAGCCACUGGUCAAAUGAGCCCGUCAGCACAAACACCCCAUAAGACCUCAAAACACUCUCCCUCUCUUUCUUCUGGGAGGGAGGAAAAAAUCCCAAGGACUGAUUUUAAUCAAGUGCUAGAUAAAAAAGAAGGAGACAUGUCGCAGGAAAAUGUGUCAGCAACAAAUGGGUCACUGAUGAGCACCGACAAACCUGUGGAUGAACAGAGAAAUGGGAAAGAGUUGGAGGAUAUGGAUAUGGCAUCAAACCCCUCAAGCUCAGACCAAAAUGUGGGGAAUUCAUGAAUAAACUGGAUGAUUGGAGAAAAUACAUGAAUUUGACCUUAAAUGAAACUUAACAUAGGGACAGAGUAUGACUUUAAAAAGACUUUCUCGGCCUUAUUUCUACUAUAUUUGAUGUUUAGAUAUUGAUUCUUUUCACUUUGAAGGAGUAUAUGGAUUGAUUAAUUCACCAAAUGUGAGACUGGAUGUGACUCAGUUUUCGAGGAUAAGGCUGGUGAUAUUCUACUUUUUUUUUUCGUUUGUUUGUUUGUUUGUUUGUUUCAGAAAAUCCUAUGAAAUGACCAAAAGCGUUGGUGUCUCAAUACAUUGACUUCCCUACCCUGUUUGUGGCACUUAGCUCCAUGCUCAAUGGUUCCUACUAAAAGAAAUGAAUCUUUAAACAGGUCAAGAAUAUCUAGUCUUAUUUUUCAAAGGCUACAUAGUUUUACAGCUGGUUUCGCCACAGGAGUAAACUGUGUUUUGUUUUCAGUAUUGGGACUACAGUGUUUACAGCAGCACGAUGGUGUAUGUGGGAUUGACUUAAACUACAGUGCCUGUGUUUAUUGUAAUGAAGAAACGUGUCACCAAGUGCAACACUGGAUAAUUUAACAUUGGAAGAGGGGGCAGAGGAAUAAACUAUAAUAUGUGAGUAGGUUAAAUUCAUUCUAUGUUUUGGUCUUCUUGGAUUUCUUGACAAUAAGAAAAAUAUACAAUAUUACCAGACUUAUCCUUUUAAGGUAGUAAUGACUAAGACUGUCAGCAACUGAUAUGAAAUAUCUCUACAGAAUACAUAAGGCACUAUUAUUAAUGUAUGUCAAUGAAAUGAUGAUUUCAGCAUUUUUAACACCGUACUACUUUCACAAUCGAACCGUUUUGUUUUGCACUGAAAAAUGAUUAAUUGGAAGAACUUUUUUUCCCCCUUUUUGAGCUGUUUUUUUAUGUAAGUAAAAAUUACUUCUGUACUUGUUUGUGUUUCUGCUGGAUCCAGCUGUUCAAAUGGAUUUAAGACUGAAUGUCACUUAAAUUAUAUUUCAAUAAUGUUGCACAUCUGUAUGGAUUCAUGCAGAUUUUGGAAGUAGGCUUUUGAAAAACUGCCAAAAAUGAGAUGAGACUGAUUGAUUGUAUGAUACAUAUGUCUUCUCGGCAGAACUGAUUAAUCUUUGGCUAUAAUUUAAAGACCGCUGUAAGUUAAUUUGAGAUCGGUGCAGACUAUGAAUAUUAACAAGCCAGGGUGGUUAUAUUGAUGCAUCUUUCUAUAUUUGCACUUCAUUUUGAAUAUUAAUUGUUGAAGUUAUUGUAUUUACAUAAUGAAAUGUUAAUAACUUUACAAAAGUGCUGAAUUCUUUAUAUAUGUUACUUUUUUUCCCCAAGUAAAUACCUGGCUGUUGACAAAGCAGAAUAAAGUUAUACUAUUUUC